AUGUCUACCUUUGAAACUUUAAUUAAAAGAGGUGGUAACGAAGCCAUCAAGCUCAACCCUCCAACCGGUGCGGAUUUCCAUAUCACUAGUCGUGGUUCCGAUUGGUUCUGGACAUGUUUCUGUUGUUAUUUAUUAUUCGGUUUGAUUUUAACUUUGUUAAUGUUCAGAAAACCAGUUAAUGACAGAUUUUUCUACCUCACCGGUAUUGCUCCAAACUUUUUUAUGUGUAUUGCCUACUUCACCAUGGCUUCCAACUUGGGUUGGAUUCCAGUUAGGGCUAAGUACAAUCAUGUCCAAACUUCCACUCAAAAGGAACAUCCAGGUUACAGACAAAUCUUCUACUCUAGAUAUGUCGGUUGGUUCUUAGCUUUGCCAUGGCCUAUUAUUCAAAUCUGUAUGCUUGCUGGUACACCAUUUUGGCAACUGGCCUUCAAUGUCUGUAUUACUGAGUUUUUUACUGUCUGUUGGUUGAUUGCUGCUUGUGUUCACUCCACUUACAAAUGGGGUUACUACACUAUCGGUCUUGGUGCUGCUAUUGUCGUUAGCAUCAGUGUUAUGACUACCAGUUACAACUUGGUGAAGCAAAAGGCUAACGAUAUCAGAUUGACCUUCCUAAUUUUCUUCUGCAUCAUCAUGUUCUUGUGGAUUAUUGCCUACCCAACCUGUUUCGGUAUCACUGACGGUGGUAACGUUUUGCAACCAGAUUCUGCCGGUAUCUUCUAUGGUAUCAUCGAUCUUAUUCUAAUGUGUUUCAUUCCAACCCUAUUGGUUCCAAUUAUCAAUCAUUUCGGUGCUGAGAAGUUGGGUUACCACUUCGGUCCUAGUGAUGCUGAAGCAGUCAUGGCUCCAAGAUCUGUAGUUGCCAGUCCAAAACCUGCUCCUACCCCAAAGUUGGGUAAAGACAAGAAGAAGUCUAAGAAGAGUAAGAAGUCCAAGAAAUCCAAGAAGUCUGACGAAUAG